UUUUGAUCCAAUAAUUUGACUAAUCCGGUUUAGAAAUAAGAAAAUAUCUCAUUCCCUACCCAACCCGAACAGACCAGACCCGGAACCACUUCAAUCGAAGAAUAGAAGAAGAAAGGGAAUUCAGCAAAUUCGUUUUAAUCGUCAUCAGCGAUUCGUUCCACUCGUUUAUGUUUGGUUUCCAUGUAUUAAUAAUCGAAUUUGCUGUAUUGUGAAGUUUUGCUUACAUGGCGGAUAACAAAAGUGUGUAAUUAUUCAUCUGGAAGUUCCGAAGCCAUGGAUACUUCAAUAGUUGCUGCAACUGAAACUAAUCAAGCUUCAGAUAUGGAUAAUGACGUGAAGAAGAGGUGUUGGGAGCAGAGGGAAGGACUGCCAGAUGAGCCAAAAUGUAUUGUAUGUGGUCGUUAUGGUGAAUAUAUAUGCGAUGAAACUGAUGAUGACAUUUGUAGUCUUGAAUGUAAAUCGAUUCUUUUAUCUCGGAUACAAAAAUCUCGAAAACCAUCCCCAUGCACUCCUCCAGUAAAAUUUCCAGGUACUGAUGAGUGUUACUAUGUGAAGGAUGGUAGCAAUAAUUCUGAUUUGAAAUCUCUGGACCUUGAUAAAUCAGAGUUGUUGAGGAGAAAACUCAACAUUUCCGUGAAGGGUGACAUUGUUCCACCUCCUGUCACAUCGUUUUCUUCAUGCAAUGUUCCUCAAAAGCUUCUUGAUAACUUAGAAGUUGCAGGGUAUGAAAUUCCAACUCCUGUUCAAAUGCAAGCUAUCCCAGCUGCUUUAUCCGGUCAAAGCUUGCUGGUAUCUGCCGAGACUGGUUCCGGGAAAACAGGAUCGUUUCUAAUUCCUAUCAUUGCGAAUUGUGUGAAAAUGAAUCUAGCUUGUCAUGAGAGGAAGCAGAAACCAUACAGUGUGGUUCUUGCGCCCACAAGAGAGCUCUGUGUACAGAUAGAAGAUCAAGCUAAGGUGUUGGGAAAGGGCAUGCCUUUCAAGACUGCAUUGAUUGUAGGUGGUGAUGCAAUGGCCCAGCAGUUCUAUCGUAUUGGAAAAGGAGUUUCAUUGAUUAUUGGUACUCCUGGUAGGUUAAUUGAUCUUCUGAUUAAGCAUCAUGAGAUUGAAUUAGACAGUGUUUCUAUUUUUGUUCUUGACGAAGUAGACUGUAUGCUGCAAAGAGGAUUCCGUGAGCAAGUAUUGCAGAUAUUUAGGGCACUGUCUCAACCUCAGCUACUGAUGUAUUCUGCUACCAUUUCGAGAGAGGUGGAGAAAAUGGGAAACUCCAUGGCAAAGCAUUUGACUUUUUUGUCAGUCGGGCAGCUGAACAAGCCUAAUGGAGCCGUGAAGCAGCUUGCCAUUUGGGUGGAGUCAAAACAAAAGAAGCAAAAGCUUUUUGAUGUUUUAACGAGCAAGCGGCAUUUUAAGCCACCAGUUUUAGUAUUUGUUGGUUCUAGACUAGGGGCAGAUCUCCUUUCGGAGGCAAUAACAAUAUGUACAGGACUGAAAUCUCUUUCCAUUCAUGGUGAGAAAUCAAUGAAGGAGAGGAGGGAGAUUCUAGGGUCGUUUUUGGCAGGUGACGUGCCUGUUUUGGUUGCCACUGGGGUGUUGGGUAGAGGAGUUGAUCUGCUGAGUGUAAAACAAGUGAUAGUGUUUGACAUGGCAAAUUCCAUUAAGGAGUAUGUGCAUCAGAUCGGAAGAGCGUCUAGAAUGGGAGAGGAAGGUGAAUCAAUCGUAUUCGUUAAUGAGGAGAAUAAGAAACUCUUUCCAGAUUUGGUUGAUAUCCUCAAAUCGUCUGGAGCCUCCAUUCCGACUGAGCUGUCUAGUUCGAAGUUCACAAUUGGCUCUUUCUCUGGUGGCAGGCAUCAUCAGAAGAAAAGGAAGAGAUUCAAUUGAAGUAAGCUGUGUGUGUUCAUUGUAUUAUCUCAUCGUUAUAAGCAUUUUCUGGGAUCUGAACGGAGGACCCAAUGAUCCAUAAAGACAGCACCUUUUUAGUUAUGGUUGCUGAAGUGUCUUGCUGAUGAUGAAAGUUAUCCCUAAUGGGAGGUCCUGUGUUAUAUUAUCUGAUGGGGGUUCCGAGAUCAAGUACUGAAGCUCCUCGCUCAGAAAUCAGUGAGAUACUAGGAAGGUAGAGGCGCCAGGAUGAAGAUGAAUUUGAAGAUCAAGGCUGUUUCCUAUCACCCACCUUGAUGACAAGGUGGUUGUCUAAGGGGGAGAUAUGAUAGGAACCCAUUAGUAUAAUAAUACUAAUAAUAAUAGAAGUAUAUUAAAUAAUUGUGAUAGUGUAUUAAAUGCUCCUGAGCCAGGUAUUAGUUAGUUUUGGGCUGGCCCAUAAGUAAGUAUAAAUAGAAGGGAGGGAGAAAUAAGAAGGGAGGCAGAUUUUAGAAUUGGGAAAUUGGGAUCUGGGAGAGUUGAGGCCUCACCUGUAUCGUCUUCUUUCUUUCUGCUGUUUUACAAUCAGUUUACUGUUAUAAAAUUAGAAUAAAAUUAGAGUUCCUAUCAACUGCCGACUGACAGAUAAUGAGAAGCACUGAAGCAGGAAUCAGGACACAAUGAGAGGUAGGGGAUGGUGCCUAGUCAGCUCAACAUAGAGAGCAUUAGAUAACUAUUGGUAGAUCUAAAUUCGUUGUGACUUGUGAAUAUAAACGUCGCCACAGUAUUAUAGAAUAUAGAUUAUGUUCUCCUUUACUUGUUUAUUCCAAAACACUUCUUCAUUCAAAAAAAAACUCCUUCUGUCCUUCCUAUUAAAA